UGUUGCUCCUUCUUUAGUGCUUCUCUCCCGCGAUUUCCCGGAGUCGGCUCACUUCGCAAGAGCUCGGAUCGAGGGGUUCUCCUUCGCAGAAGAGGAAGGGAUUCAUGGAGGACGACACCCGGAGCCGCGUGUACGACGCCUCCAAGCACCAACAGCUCGCUCUGCAGUCCCGAUACGAUGUGUACCUUGGGUCGGAGGACAUGGAUGGCGGGGAGGACGACUCACGGCCAGAGUUCACCUGCCCGUUCUGUUCCGAGGGCUUCGAUAUCGUGGGACUGUGUUGCCACAUCGAUGACGAACACCCGAUCGAGGCUAGGAACGGGGUGUGUCCUCUUUGUGCAGCUAGGGCUGGCAUGGACAUGGUUGGCCACAUAAUGACAGAGCAUGCAAAUUUAUUAAUAGUACGGCAUAGGAGGAGGUUUUGCAAAGGUUCCUUGGGGCAUUACUCCACACUCUUAUUGUUGAAAAAGGAUCUACGUGAUGGCACUCUUCAGUCACUUGGGGGUUCUUUUGCUCCAUCCAACGUGGCACCUGAUCCACUACUGUCAUCAUUUAUUUUUAAUUUGCCUGACAUCGAUCCAUCAAAAGAUGCACGACCUGAAUCCUUGGAUGAAGGAAGUAUGGUUGACAAAACUUCAGAUGAGAAAUUGGUUCAGAGCGUUGUGCCAUCUCCGAUAUACAAAGAUCAGGUAGAGAGUACUCGAAGGAGUGAGUUUGUGAGGCAGAUUGUGAUCUCCACCGUAUUCGACGAAGAUGCAUUAUGAAGAUACCUAACACUCAUGUUGGAAUGAGCAGCAGAUGGUGCAAAAAUCUCAAGUUGGUUGGUGGUUGCUGCCAUGUUGAUACCAAAAUUGAACAAGAGAUUCUUCUUCGAGGGACGGGGAGGCUUCUUAUACACGAUAUAUACAAGAUUCAAGCAUGGAAUGUCUUAUAAAUGGUUGUAGUAUCUAUUUUAUCACCCAUAUUAGGGGACCGAAGGAGGGUGUUUUCAAGCAUUCUUGUGUAUGAUAGAAUAUAAAUAGCUGCUUGCUGUCUCGUUUCUGAAGACAUUAUUCGUCCUGGAUA